AUGGUCGCCUUUUCCCGGUUGUCUGUUGCUUCGGCACUUGUAGCACAACAUGUCGUCGCUGGGCGCAACUUGAUCGCGCGCAACCAGACGCAAGAUUUCGCAACUAGUUUGCUGCAAGAGUCAAUGGACUGGAUGGACAUGUACUAUGACAAUAACAGGGGAUAUCUGUUUGAUUUGGACUCGGCUGCCAUGGUGCACGAUACGAGGUCGAGCGCUUGGUAUGCCGCGGGUCUGCUGGCACGCAACGAGAACGACGACGUAGAGCAGGCCGUCAGGAUCGUGACCAACAUUAUCCAGGGCCAAUUCAAGAACGAGAGCGAGCAGUGGUACGGCGAUUACCAAAAGUAUCCCGAGGAGCCCUAUGUCGGUACGCCAGAAUACCCAGCCUCAAUCUACAACUCGUGGGACCCCAACUGGCGCGGCUUCAUUGGCACCACGUUUGUCAUUAUGCUCGAGGAAUUCCCACAUCUCCUCCCGCAAGACACGACGGCGUAUAUUCUCGAGAGUCUGUACAACACGACCAUUGGCGAUAGCUAUCGCGUCGGUGGUGUCGACGACGACAAUCUCUACCCUGCAUACAGCAAUCCGUCCAUCAUGCGCGCCUUUGUCUCUGGAUACGUUGGCCGACGCCUCAACGACGCAAACAUGACGAGCGCAGGCGAAGCUUACGCCAAGGACAUCAUCGACCUCUUCACCCGCGACAACACGCUCUCUGAAUUCAACUCUGGCACCUAUGUGGGCGUCUCGCUGUACGCGCUUACCCUAUGGGCCAAGUACCUCGACCCCGCCGAGAGCAUCAUGGGCGAAUACGGGCCCCGCAUGAUCCGCGAUACAUGGAGUAUCCUCGGCCAACUGUACAAUGCCAACUUGAAAAAUGUUGCCGGGCCGUGGGAUCGCGCGUACGGCUUCGACAUGAACCGGUACUUGAGCAUCCUCGGCCUGCACAUGUGGACGCUGGUAGGCAAGGAAAAAGCGCCCAUCAACAAGAAGCCGUGGGCAAUGGGCCACAAAGACGACUUUGCCAUUGGUCCCCUCGUCGCCAUCCUCGCACCCUUCCACAACGCCCUCGUCCCCAAUACCACCUUUUCUGCCCUCACCACUUUCCCAGCUACGCACUCGGUUUCCACCUCUGCCUUUUCGCCCCCAUACGACACGUACCCGCGCAACAUCUCGGCCUGGCUCUCCCCCUCGCUCACCAUCGGCGCAACCUCGUUUUCCGAAUCCGUCGUCGGCGGUCCCAGCAUCAACCAGAAUUCCUUCAACCCCGCCGUCGUCCAGUGGGCGCGCCCCGAUCAGGACAAAGAUGGCGUCGGUUGGAUGACCCUGUACGCCCAGACAAAGGCCCUGCACGCCGUCGUUGCUCCGCGCACGUUGGAACUCACCUAUCCCGACGGUGCCGGUAGUGAGACUGGGUUUUCGUUUCUCGUUGCCCCCAAUGGCUGGGCGGGUAAGAGGAAUGUCGAGUCGUGGGAGGAUGUCCAGGGCCUGCGUGUUAAGAAUGUAACUGGCACCGUGGAUUUGCACUAUAACGUUACCUUUAAUGGCAUGUUUGGCGGGGCUGGAACGACGAUCAAUGACUUUGAGUUUUGGAACUUUACGUAUACCAUGCCUGAGGGCAGCAAGGAGGUGCCGAGGAUUAGGCUCGAGUUUGAAGUCGUCUAG